GGUUGUGAGAACUGAUUGGUUCUGGCAAGAGAGUGUUAAUAAGUCGAUGUCAUAUAGCGUCACGCAGUUACAUCGAAGCUUAUCAGAAUAAAAGACAGCAACGAAACGCAAGGAACUUGGUACUGCGUCUCUUGAAUUAUCUUUCUAAACUUGUAUAUAAGACUGCUUGAACAAAUAAUAGUCAAUUCAAAGGAUAUAUUUAAGAAACUAAUAAUAAGGGCGGUCUUCGAUUAAAAGAGGAAUCUAAGCUGAACUAGCAGAGGAGGAAAAGCGAAAGAUGCGCGCACCAGGACUAACGAUAGCCACAUUCUUUGCAGUUGCUUAUCUAUCCUAUUCCGCUCCCCUAAAUUCAGAUGCCAAAAAGAGAAGCCGGGUUCAAGUAAGAAAGGUCAACGUUGAUGAGAUAAAAGGUACACAAUCAGACGAGGAAAAGCCACUAUUAAGAGUUCCAAAGGUGCGUGAAGAUCAGAUUGAAGAGACAGAGAAACUUGAAAAAGCCCUUUUAUCUGAACAACAUUUUACGUCUAUCGACGGUGACUCAACUGGAGAGGGGCACAAUGAGGAAAUCGAGCUUCACAAUGGGGACACUGUGAAAGAUAUCAAUCAACAUUCUAAAACGGAAAAUGGACAAACACAGGUCGAAACAGAAGUUAACAUACCAGCACUCGGUGUCCAUGGAACUUAUCAGAAGACUGGAUCGGAAGAGGUCCCUAUUAUUCCUGAAGACGAUCUGACCAUAGACUUCAGCCCCAAGGCUGUUGCAGAGUAUCUACUGGCUACUGAUGACUUCUCUGGCUUUGACGCUGCUUUGGAAGAUCUGGUCAAUAGUUCAAUGAUGACAUCAAAAGAGGCAAGGGCAUAUAAGAAGCAGGUCAUAAACGAAUUCACAAGAUUGAUGCAAACCCUCCAAAAAUCAAGGGAAAGAGAAGAAGCUCUAUUGGCUUCAGGUAAUUUCCAAGAAGAUGCAAACGUGAAUGAAGUAAAUGAGAAACGAUCUGACAUUCCAAAAGCUGAACCUGACACAUCACAAAAUGGGAUUGCCUCCAAACAGAUUGAAGUUCCAUCAGGUGUUGAUGUUAUUGAAAAUGAACAACAAGAAGGAGAAUCAAGGGAGGACACCGUAAAAGAUAGUGGAAAGUUUCGUACAUUUGAUUUGAACAAGGCUAUGAUUGAGCUGAAACCUGAGAUGAGAGAGGAGCUAACCCUUGGCGAAAUGAUAGAAGCCUUGAGAGUAGAUCUACUGAAGACAAUGCUGCAGACUGAAGAUUUGAAAGAUGUCAAAAUCACAGAGGCCGAUAUGCAAGGUCUUCUGGAUUCUGAUGGGCUUUUAGAUUUGGUAGCCGAAGCACUGCUGUCUGAUAUGAGCCCCCGUGAGCAAGUGGCUUUGUCAGAAGGAAAUAUUGGAGAUGCUGAAACUGAUGUGGAGUCUGAAUUGGAGAAUAUCAAGGGAAACAAUGGACCGAAUACAGGAUCUGACAACAUCGUUUCUGAGGUUUCUCCUCAACAGAAGAAAGGGGAUCGAAAAUAGAUGUCUAGUCAUUACGAAGAUGCCUAGUAAAGUAGGGGAGAUAACGUUGAGGUGUAUAUUUUUUCAUAAAGUACUAUAUUCUGAAAGAAGGAAUUCCACAAAAUCAAAAUACAAGACACUGUAAAGCUGAGAAGUGUCAUGGCAGAAUUUGUUAAAAAACAUUUGUCCCAUGUGAUGGAAAAUACUGACAUACUAUGUGAUGAAAAUACUGACAUACUAUACUUCAAAGACAUUCCUGCUGAGUGUGAGAUGCUAAAUUAGGAAACAUUGAAUUGACAUUCCAUAACUUGUCUUGCAUCAAUUAAUCAGAUUUAACCCGCCAUUGUUAUUCGAAUCCAAUGUCUCAUAACGACUGGUGCGAGACUAUGGCGCCCUCCCAAUCAACGGCCGGAAGCUAAUUCCUCCAAUCAAAUGACUGCAUUUCAAAUCAAUGAGAUUGAAAUAUAUUUGGCGAGGGAUUCAACGCAUGUUCACACAUGUGGCAAGUACUUAUUCUAAACAAGUCAACGGGUUGUGUACUGCUGAAAAGGCAGACCAAUACAACUUCGAUGUUUGAAAAAUAGCUAUUCUGUGUGUUAAGCAUAAAGAAUCAUAUUCGAAU